UGGAGAGCGUUGCCACGUGACGCUUCUUUGUAAACAGGAAGACGCAGGCUGCCCCCGGUGGUAACAAGCAAGUGAGGAGGAGAGAAAUGGAUGACAACUUUCAGCUCGGAAAUGUUGGAUCGGUAAAAAAUGUUGCAAAGUCUGGGCGAAGAGCUCGACUUGCAGCAGACCAAUCGUCGUUGGAAGAUUCCCGUUACGUUAGGAAGUCCUCGACAUCUGCUUCCAUGGGAGAAGAGGACAACGAGGGUCCUCCUCCUAAACCGGCCCGGCGGCAGGGUGGCUGGGCCGAAGAAAGCUCCGGUUCUGCAUCUGCCAGAUCUUCAAGAAGACCUGCAGCUGAAAACCUGGAAGACCGCCGCCUGCGACCGCAAACUCCCCAGGGAUCAGAUGAUGAAGGAGAUAUUCCAGUGAUUCCGGACCUCGACGAAGUACAGGAAGACGAUCUAACAAUGCAAGUUGCAGCCCCACCAAGCAUCCAGGUGAACCGGGUAAUGACCUACAGAGAUCUGGACAACGACCUGAGGUCUUACUCCGCCUUCCAGACCCUAGUAAGUCAGGAUGGAGAGAUUGACUUGAAGCUACUAACCAAGGUUUUAGCACCAGAACAGGAGGUGAAGGAGGAGGAUGUGAGCUGGGACUGGGAUCAUCUGUUUACAGAGGUGUCCUCAGAGCUGAUGAUGGAAUGGGAUCAAGGAGACAGCGAGGAGCAGGCCGCGUUGCCUGUAACGUGAGGCGGAGCUACGGACUGUGACUGUGACUUUGGUUAUAGUUACUUUAAUUGUUUUCCAAAAUGUAUAUUUUUUAUAUAGUAUAUACCGUGUUUCUUGUAUUUUCUGAAUAAAGUUCGCUGCGGCAGUGAACAGUGCUGAAAAUGUGCCCUUAUUUGUUAAGCGAGUUUUUAACUUAAACCGCCACAAGGCGAACCCAUUUUGUGUGAAAACGCUGCUGUGAAAAAAAGCCAUCACAGAUACAAACGCCCUUCCUGUACGGGCGGCAUUAUCAACACCCUCAUACAAGUCCAAGGUUGAUAAUCAGCUAAGCUGAAAUCCAGUUGAUUGUGUUCAAAUUAACAUUCCUCAUUAAAGCCUACAACCUUA